AUGAUCUACAUCGAGAUCCUUCUUACUUGGAAUAUUAUUCAUUUGUUGGCAAUCACUGGAUGCCUAGGGAGUGAUAAUAUUACUGCAGAGAAAGUGACGUCAUUGAGAAGGACCUUAUUGCGGGACUAUGACCCUUACUUACGACCGCGCAGACUACAGCUUGACACUGUCGUCAUUAAUGCCAGUUUUGUUGUAAAGCGCUUCCACGAUCUCAGUGAAAAAGAAGAAAAGGUUUCCUUGCUUGGAUACUUUCAGUUUCAGUGGAAUGAUGAAUUUCUUGUCUGGAAUAAAGAAGACCACUCGAAUAUCAGCGACAUUGUCGUAAAAACAAAUGAUAUAUGGUGGCCAACAAUAAGUCUGGGUAACCCUAUCGGAAAUUAUGAGAACUUACAAAAUCACUUCGGCAUCUUUCAUGUGUCAUCCUCUGGAGAGAUAAAGUGGUCUUCAGGUGGUCUUUUUUCUGUAGCAUGUGACUUGAACUUAGAAAAUUAUCCUUUCGACACCCACACGUGUGAUUUUGUUUUCGUGGUACUUGGAUACUCUUCAGAUGACGUCAUCAUCAACGUAAAUCCGAAUGUCCAACAAGUGAAAGGGACAACGGAAUGGGAUGUUGUUAGCGCAAAUAUGUUUGGAACCUCGGGAGAAAAAACUGGACUGACUGUUAGCUUUACUCUUCGGAGAAAGUCUUUCUUCGUGGUUUUGACGGUAUUGUUGCCCUUAUCUUUGCUCUCUCUGUUAAAUCUGUGUGUCUUUUUGAUUCCGGUUGAGUCUGGAGAGAAAACUUCAUUUGCUAUAACAACAUUCUUAGCGUACUCGAUUUACCUCUCAGCCCUGGGGUCCUCUCUGUCAGCUAAAGACAACAUAUAUCUGACCAUGUACAUAGAGAUUCUGAUUAUCACCGGUGUGAUAAUCGUGCUGAUAGUAAUUGUGCAGACACGGCUCUUCUUUUACUACGGUGACCAACGUCUGCCAUGUUGUCGCAUAAAAACUGUGCAUGGUGAAGAUAUUGACGUCAAAAACAACAUCACAAGGAAGACAUCUCCAGAUAAUGUAAAUGAGUUUAGAACGUGGGCCAGUAGCAUGGGGAUAUUAGACCAAGUGCUCUUCUUUCUUUUCUUCUGCAUUCUUGGUUCAAUAACUGUCUAUUACUUUGCAAUGAUGAUGUUUUAACUUCUUGGAUUUUAA